AUGCGGCAUUUUUUCUGCCCAGGCCGCGAGUCAUUCAACCCCGCUAACUCUGCAAGAACUGUCUUUUCCAUCGCAGGUCCGAGCCGCUGCCUGGACGCCUUCAAAGUCGCCCUCAACCAGGCAUGCGAUGGCGGCGGAUGGUAUGUGUCCACGGAACAGCUCCAGCUUUCGUCAUUGCCCUUCUGCGUGGCUUGCCGGAGCGUGCCCACCAUGCACCUGAAGGUAGACCGCAGCACGCCUGCCCGUCUUUUUUCGGGCGAUGACGAUGCCGCUGCCGUGCGGGACAAGGGCCAUGGCAGCUCCAAGAGAGUCAUGGCAGCACGGGUGCCUGCCUUGAGGGCGCGCAAGGUUACGUGGCAGCUGUCGGGCGAGACGCCCCGGUGCACUGGAGUUGGGUUGUCGAGCGUCGAACUCUUCGUCUUGGGUGAUGCUGUCAACGACAGCAUGGACGAAGCAGUAUGGUCCGAUGGGAUGAGGAGCCUCAGUCUCGGGCAGAUGUUUGACCAGCCGAUUUCGAACCUGCCGUGGCCGGUGGCACUCCGAGAGAUAGUUUUCGGGAACCAGUUCGACCAGCCGAUCCACGAGCCGAUUGAUCAGGUCGUGUGGCCCUCGUCACUACAACAGCUGGCACUUGGGGAUGAGUACGGUCGCGGGACUGGAUUCAACCAGCCCAUUCAUCUGGUCUCGUGGCCGGCCUCUCUGCUCCAGGUGACGUUUGGCAGAGACUUCAAGCAGCCGAUUCGCGAAGUCAACUGGCCCUCAUCGCUACAGCGAUUGGAGUUCAAGAGUGCCCUCCAAUGGCCGGAGGAGGGAGUCACCUUUCCGGCAUCGCUGCGACAGAUAGAGGUCCAGCGACGACCAGAGGAGCCGCUGCCGGAAGUGCCUGGUGUCGACGUAUGCAGAUUUUGGAACAAGUACUAGGUUGACUGACGAUUGCAUCACGAUACUUGACACGGGAGGACUCGAUAUAGGAUUGUGAGGCCAUGAGUGAGUUUGUUUGUGCCCCAUGGGAGAGUUGUGAUGGGAUCUUCGGUGGCAAGUCCCUUCACCUCCUUGGACAGGACGACGCACGCGUUUUGUUCCUUUUCGGAAUGUAUAUGCAUUUUUUUUUGUGGGUUUAGCUUGACGUUUUCUCGAGGGGUGGGGUGGGGGAGGAAGUAGGGUGUUUUAUAGGAGGCAGGGGCAUGAAACUUUGUGUGGGACCACGGAUUGGAGUUCCUACACGGGAGAAAUGCUGUGUGUGUGUGUGUGGGUGCUGACUUGAAGUAAUGAAACAAAUAGUGGGAGUCCGAGGUGAGGGGUGAAGGAUUCAGGGUUCGACGGGAAACGUACACACGGAUAUACAGGAGACGUGCUUGAUAGGUGCAGGAAGGUGGGGUAGCAAGUUAAGGACGCUAGCCUGGCCAGGUUCUAGUUAGGGCGAGUAUCGCGAGGGGGGUUAAAGUAGUGUGGCAUGAAGUCGUGCGCGUCCACAACACAUUUGCAUCCUAAACUCAAGGCUCAUGAGCAGCACGAAGGCAAUCUGGGGUUUGUGGAGCGAGACCGCCGUACAGCAGUGUGGCACGUAAGGACGUGCUAUUUCUAAGCAAGUUUUACCGGGAAAAUGAGAAGCAAGGGCUAAGCAGCAACAGAGUUGACACUGCGGCUGCGUGAGGAAGGCGAAAAGAGCGAUCCGCUAUGGAAUUCGCAUUCGGUAGAAGGUGGGAGAGAGGUCUGAGUAAGCAACAGGUUCGCCUCGGCUAUAAUAGUUGAGCUGGAAACCCUCCCGCCUACCCAUGCGGGU